GCGGACGGUUGGGGCGCCGCCAUCUGCGAUCCAACGGGUGGCGGCGGGGCGCGGGGUGGGUCCGGCGGGGCGGCCCUGAGGGGUGUGCGGGCUGCAGGCCGCUCUGCGCCUUCCCCGCCGCGCCGCGGGGGCUGCUGAGAGCCUCACGGGCCCCUUCCGCGCCUCUCGGCCCGCUCUGCCCGUCCCUCAGUUGGCCCGAAAUGGUGCGGGAGGAGGAGAAGGGGAUCCCGGUGCGCGUGGCGCUGCGCUGCCGCCCGCUGGUGCCGAAGGAGACGAGCGAGGGCUGCCAGAUGUGCCUGAGCUUCGUGCCCGGGGAGCCGCAGGUGAUCGUGGGGAGCGACAAGGCCUUCACUUACGACUACGUGUUCGACCCGUCGGUUGAGCAGGAGGAGGUCUUCAACACCGCCGUUGCUCCGCUCAUACGGGGCAUCUUCAAAGGGUAUAAUGCCACCGUCCUGGCCUAUGGACAGACGGGAUCUGGGAAAACGUACUCUAUGGGAGGUACUUACACGGCCAGUCAGGAGCACGAUCCCAGCAUGGGGGUCAUCCCUCGUGUAAUCAAGCUGCUGUUUAAGGAGAAAGAGCAGAGGCAGGAUUGGGAAUUUGUCCUCAAAGUCUCCUAUUUGGAGAUCUACAAUGAGGAUAUUCUAGACCUACUGUGUUCAUCAAGAGAACGGUCUUCUCAGAUCAGUAUACGGGAGGAUCCUAAGGAAGGCAUAAAGAUUGUAGGAUUAACAGAAAGAAAUGUCGCCUGUGCACGAGAUACCGUAUCCUGUCUAGAGCAAGGGAACAAUUGCAGAACUGUGGCCUCCACAGCAAUGAACUCCCAGUCCUCACGGUCCCAUGCAAUCUUCACCAUUUGCAUUGAUCAGAAAAAGAAAAAUGACAAGAACAGCAGUUUUCACUCCAAGCUACACCUGGUUGAUCUUGCUGGAUCUGAGAGGCAAAAGAAGACCAAAGCUGAAGGAGACCGGCUGAAAGAAGGUAUCAACAUCAACAGAGGUCUCCUCUGCCUGGGGAACGUAAUUAGUGCUCUUGGUGAAGAAAAUAAAAAGGGUGGUUUUGUCCCCUACAGAGACUCAAAGUUAACAAGAUUACUGCAAGAUUCUCUGGGUGGUAACAGCCACACUCUCAUGAUUGCCUGUGUAAGCCCAGCAGAUUCCAAUCUAGAAGAAACUCUAAAUACUCUGCGCUAUGCUGACAGGGCAAGAAAAAUAAAAAACAAACCCAUUGUCAACGUUGAUCCACAGGCAGCUGAGCUGCAUCAUCUAAAGCAGCAGGUACAACAGCUACAGGUGUUAUUGCUGCAGGCCCAUGGAGGGACUCUCCCAGUGUCUAUCAAUAGCAUGGCACCUUCAGAGAACCUGCAGUCUCUGAUGGAGAAGAACCAGUCUCUAAUGGAAGAGAAUGAAAAGCUGAGCAGAGGGCUGAGUGAAGCUGCUGGUCAGACAGCGCAGAUGUUGGAAAGGAUCAUUGUGACAGAACAAGAAAACGAGAAGAUGAAUGCCAAACUAGAGCAACUUCAGCAGCAUGCUGUAUGCAAACUUGACCUCCAAAAGCUGCUGGAGACUGUGGAAGAUGAGGAACUGAAAGAAAAUGUGGAGGUGAUCCGUAAUCUGCAGCAAGUGUUGGCUCAGUUCCAGAGUGAAAGUGCUGCUGCAGCAGAAGCUGCUACAGAGAUGGCAAACGCUGAACAGGAUGCUGCUGGUGAAGCAGAAACAGGCCAGGUUACCAAGAGGUCCUCAGAUGACUUUACCACACAACAUGCCCUCCGUCAAGCACAGAUGUCUAAAGAACUGGUUGAACUGAAUAAAGCCCUGGCUCUGAAAGAGGCACUUGCAAAAAAAAUGAUACAGAAUGACAGUCAGUUAGAGCCCAUUCAGUCCCAGUACCAGACUAACAUCAAGGAUCUGGAAUUAGAAGUCAGCAAUUUGCAAAAAGAAAAGGAGGAGCUGAUCCUUGCUCUGAGCAUGGCAAAGAAGGAUGUCAACCAAGCCAAGCUGAGUGAACGGCGUCGGAAAAGACUUCAGGAGUUGGAAGGGCAAAUUAAUGAGCUAAAGAAAAAGCUGAAUGAACAAGCAAAGCUCCUAAAGCUGAAAGAAUCUACGGAACGCACGGUCUCCAAACUGAACCAGGAGAUCAGGGAAAUGAAAAACCAAAGGGUACAGCUGAUGCGCCAGAUGAAAGAGGAUGCUGAGAAAUUUAGACAGUGGAAACAACAGAAGGACAAGGAAGUGAUCCAGCUGAAAGAACGGGAUCGCAAAAGGCAGUAUGAGCUGCUGAAGCUUGAGCGAGACUUUCAGAAGCAGGCCAGUGUUCUUCGGCGCAAAACAGAGGAGGCUGCAGCUGCUAACAAACGCCUGAAGGAUGCUCUGCAGAAGCAACGGGAGGCUGCAGAUAAACGGAAGGAGAGUCAGAACCGGGGGAUGGAAGGAGUUGCUGCACGAGUGAAGAGCUGGCUGGCAAAUGAAGUAGAGGUACUGGUUAGUACUGAAGAGGCUCGCCGGCAUCUUGCAGACCUUCUGGAGGACAGAAAGAUCUUGGCACAGGAGCUCCUUCAGCUUAAAGAGAAAAAAGAGUCUGGGGAAAACCCACCCUCAAAGCUCCGGAGGCGAACCUACUCCAUCACAGAUCUGCAGGCAUCAGAGAUGGACCUUUCUUUAUCAAAGCAGAUAGAAAGCCUGGAAACUGAGAUGGAGCUCAGGAGUGCCCAAAUAGCAGACCUGCAGCAGAAACUCUUAGAUGCAGACAAUGGAGAUCGUGUGAAACAACGCUGGGACAAUAUUGCAACCAUUCUGGAGGCUAAAUGUGCUUUGAAGUAUCUCCUUGGGGAGCUGGUUUCCUCCAAAGUCCAGGAAAGCAAACUGGAGAGCAGCCUCCAGCAGAGUAAGACCAACUGUUCAGACAUACAGAAGAUGCUGAUUGAAGAGCGAAACCAUGCAACAGAAAUGGAGGCUGAAUUCCAAAAUCAGCUUCUGCUGCAGGAACAGCAACACCAGCAAGAGGUUCUGUACCUGCUCAGCCAAUUUCAGCAGAAAGAAGCACCAGGGAAAGGGGUGGAAGAUUCCCUAAGUGAGCAGGAGAAACAGAUGCAGGAGAGACUCAAGUUCCAGGAGAAAGAGCUGGAGAAAAUGAGGGAGAUCUGUGAGAAGAACCAAGAGCUUCUCCAGGAAAAUGAUGUUCUUAAACAGAAAAUGCUGCUUGUCCAAGUUGCCAGUGGACAGAAGCUCCGACGCGAUCAGCAAGUGUCACCUGAGUCCCCGGACUCUCCUUUCGAUUACAUUCCACCCAAACCAAAGACUCGCCGGCAAACAGUGGCAAAACCACGUGCACCAACCCCAGAAAUGAAUGUGGAAGAGCUGUUUUCUGACUCAGAAGAGUCUGGAGAGGAGGAGGAUGCCGAGUGGGUUCCAGUAAAAGCAGCCAAAGGAACAAAGAAGAGCGCAACAGGGUGCUUCUGCAAGGGUCGAUGUGGGAACAGGCAGUGUGGCUGCAGGAAGCAGAAGGUGGGCUGCACUGCGGGCUGCAGCUGUGACUCAACCAAGUGCAGAAACAGAGACCCUGGUUUCCAGGACGCCACCGUGUGUGAGGACCAAACAAAGGACUCGGAAGGUUCCUUCAAACUGGAAGACCUCCGUGAUGUGACUGCAGGAGAGACCUUCUUUCAGCCCGUGUAUUCCCCUCCGACUAUGAAGGUCCUGAAAGAUAUCACAGACCAAGGUGUGUUCAUGAAGAAGCCCAGCACUGCUGCUUCCCUGCUGGUGAGGGAUGAGGAGUCCCAGGAGAACCAGCUGCCAUUUGUGAAGAAAAAGAAGAGAAUGCUGAGUAGCAAUACCAGCUUCUUCUCGGGUUGUACCCCCAUCAAAGAGGAGAUUGACUGAUGAGCCACAACCAGAACAGAGGUUGUGCUGCACUUGUUUACACCAUGGAUGCUGGUGACUUUUUUUUUUUUAAAGGAAAAAAUGGAAGUGUUGGAAUCUCCUGCUGCAGAAUAGUGCUGUGGACUGCCCUGCCUGGCAGCUGCUGGCAUCAGCAAGGGAGUCAAACACUAAUUCCUACUAGAACUAAAUUGUGUCCAAUUCUAUGUAAAUAUUUUGAUGUGUGGGACUUGAGUAGGUGUCUGCUACCAUGACAAGGGUGAGAAACUUUCCUCUUCAGAAAUUCUGGAGCGAGUGCAGGAGAUUCAUCCAGGUUCUCAUGACAGCUCCUUACAGCUGCCUUCCUCGUGCUCAGCUGUGGAUGUGGUGGGUACAGAUUAAUCCGUGAUCUUGAAAGAACUUUGCACAUGCACUGGAAAUUUAAGCAUUGUCUUCCAAUACAAGUUGAGGAACUGUUCCAAGCUGCCAUGUGAGAUCUAAUGGUGCUUGAUGGUGUGGAGGCACUGUCUGUAGUCUUAAAGUAGCUAGCAGAUGAGAAAUGCCAGUGCUCCUGUACCUGCUGGGGCAGGGGCAUAUCCUUGUUCAAUUAGAUUAGAAACGUGCUAGCCAUAUGUGAACGUUGUAGUGGUUUUUAACUUGUUGUAGCUUUAAUAAAGGAAAUACUAAAACUGUG